AUGUCCCUAAGCCCCCCCAUCUACGGCUCGCCUGCAGACAAGCAGCUUGCUGAACUCGAUGCCCUCAGUCGCUCCCCCGCUCGUUCAGGUGUUAUGAGUCCGGCUAGGCUAAAACUUCAGCUUCUUUACGAGCAGAACAACCGAGGACCGGUAUUAAAAGGCGCGCUGAAACCGGCAGACGCAGCCGGCGGCGUGCCGGAGAAGGGGAAGCCCCGUUUGUUGUUGAUGGGCCAGAGACGGAGCGGAAAGUCAUCCAUCUCUAGUGUGGUUUUUCACAAGCUUGCUCCUAAUGAGACCCUGUUUCUCGAGUCAACGGCACGAAUACAAAAGGAUACGAUGGCAUCCUUUAUGGACUUUCAAGUAUGGGACUUUCCUGGCCAGAUUGACGUCUUUGAUAACCCCAGCUUCGACAUGGAGGCCAUCUUUGGCGAAAUCGGCGCCUUGAUCUGGGUCAUUGAUGCCCAGGACGACUAUCUCGAGGCUGUUGCUCGCCUCAACAUCACCAUCCUCUCUCUGCAACGCACAUAUCCCAACAUCAACAUUGAGGUGUUUAUUCACAAAGUAGAUGGGCUUUCAGACGACUACAAGCUAGAUAUACAGCGAGACAUUACUAUUCGCAUUCAAGACGAGCUGUCCGACCAUGGCUUCGAAAAUGCUCCUGUUACUUUCCACCUCACCUCUAUUUACAACCAUUCAAUCUUCGAGGCCUUUAGCAAGGUUAUUCAGAAGCUUAUCCCCCGUCUUGGAACGCUCGAGUCCAUGCUCACAAACUUGUGCCGAACGUGUCGCUUCGAAAAAGCCUACCUCUUCGAUGUGCUCUCCAAGAUUUACAUUGCCACUGACACCGCGACGGCUGAUAUGGCCAGCUACGAGAUUUGCAGCGACUACAUCGAUGUUAUUAUUGAUAUCACUGAGAUUUAUGGGACGUGGCAGCGCAGCGACGAAGGCCGUAAACGCCUCGAGGCAGAGAGCUGCCUCGUUUUACACGAUAGCCACAAGCCCAUCAUGCUACGCGAAGUCGACCGAUAUCUUGCGCUGGUGGCGAUUAUGACGGAUGAUUCGUAUGAUAGGAUGCCGCUGGUCAAUAUGAAUGUCGAGGCGGUGGUGGAAGGGCUGACGGAGUUUUUUGACAUUACGAAGCCCAAGAAAUGA